CAAAACUCCAUUUUAUCAACAAAACAAUUAUUUAAAACCAAACAUUUUUAGUGUGUACAUCAUUCGAGAGUGCGAUAAGAUUAAAUUUAUCAAUAGUUAAAAGUGUUUUUAUAAAUUAUUAAACAUGGCUAAACGUGCGGGUAGUUAUUUGUUAAAAAAAUUAAACAAAACCGUCUUUUUACAACGCAGAGAAGUGUCUCAAUAUUAUCCAAUUGACGAGCACAUUUUCGGAUUGACGCCGGAACAAAUCCAGCUCAGAGAAACCAUUUUUAAUUUAUCACAAAAAGAACUCGCCCCGAAAGCCUACGAAAUCGACAAGAAAAACAACUAUGACGAUUUGCGAGGAUUCUGGAAAAAAUUGGGAGACAUAGGGGCUUUGGGAAUCACGGCGCAAAGCGAAUAUGGUGGAAGCGACGGCGGUUAUCUGGAUCAAGUCAUCGUCAUGGAAGAAAUAUCCAGAGCUUGUCCUGCCAUCGGUUUAUCUUACGUUGCCCAUUCGAACUUGUCUUUGGGACAAUUGCACAGGAAUUGUAAUAGGGUGCAAGGACUUAAGUAUUUACCAAAAUUGUGUUCUGGAGAACAUAUAGGAGCCCUAGCGAUGUCCGAACCAAACUCCGGCUCAGACGUAGUCUCGUUACGGCUCAGAGCCGAAAAACAAGGCGACCACUACAUUCUGAACGGCACGAAAUUUUGGAUAACGAACGGUCCAGACGCUGACGUCAUCGUAGUUUACGCUAGAACUGACCCCAAGGCAAAACCUCAGCAUGGAAUCACAACGUUUAUUGUCGAAAGGGGUUUUCCAGGUUUCAAAAGCGGCAUCAAACUGGACAAGUUGGGCAUGAGAGGCUCGAAUACUGGCGAAUUGAUUUUCGAAGAUUGCAAAGUGCCCAAAGAGAAUAUUUUAGGACAAGAAAAUAAAGGUGUUUACGUGUUGAUGAGCGGUUUGGAUUUGGAACGGUUGGUACUUGCAGCUGGUUCAGUUGGCAUCAUGCAGGCCUGUUGCGACGUGGCAUUUUCCUAUGCGCAUGUUCGGAAACAGUUCAAUAAGAUGAUAGGAGAGUUCCAAUUAAUACAGGGUAAAUUAGCUGAUAUGUACACUACAUUGUCAGCUUGUAGGAGCUACCUCUACAACGUAGCUAAGGCUUGCGAUAAUGGUCAAAUUAACAGCAAAGAUUGUGCAGGAGUGUUCCUUUACGCUUCAGAAAAGGGUACUCAAAUGGCUUUGGACGCUAUACAAAUUUUAGGUGGCAAUGGUUAUAUCAAUGAUUACCCCACUGGAAGGCUACUGAGGGACGCUAAAUUGUACGAAAUUGGGGGUGGAACUUCAGAAAUUCGAAGACAGCUCAUUGGAAAGCAGCUCAACAAAGAAUACUCAUAACAAUAAUUUUUCUCAUAAAUUAAUAAAUAAAUUUUUUCAUAAGAUAAUCAAUGAGUGAAUAA